AUGGGUUGGCAAAAUUACAAAGCGAUAAUAGUAAUGGUGGGUUGUCAAUUAUUGUAUGCUGGAGUUAAUCUAAGUGGACGAGCUGCACUUUUGCAAGGGAUGAGUUCAAGGGUCUUUGUUGUCUAUCGCCAGUGUAUUGCCUUCUUUCUCAUUGCUCCUAUUGCUUAUUUCUCAAGGAGAGGAACAAAAGAAUGGCAGCUGGGGUGGAAAAGCUUCUGGUUGAUUUUUAUGCUAGUGACUCUAAAUCAGAACAUGUAUUAUGAGGGUUUGUACUUGGCAAAUUCAACAGCUGCAAGUGCAUUGGGCAACUUGAUCCCAGCCAUUACUUUUAUCAUGGCUUGUGCACUGGGGUACUUGGAAAAAGUUCGUUUUCGAAGCCUGAGAAGUAUGGCUAAGAUCGUGGGAACGGUGUUAUGUGUGACGGGUGCUACUGCCAUGGCACUAUGGAAAGGUCCAAAAUUAGUUAACAUGGAAUUUAUGCCAAGAAAAUCAAUUGUGGCAGGAGGAGGGUCAAUUGGGCAGGACACAUGGUUGAUAGGCUGUUUAUUUCUUUUUGGAAAUGCUUUUUGUUGGGCCCUCUGGCUAAUUUUGCAGGUCCAUGUAAGCGCUUGUUACCCUGACCACCUUUCGCUGACGGCGUGGAUGUGUCUGAUGGCAGCCGUGCAAUCUGGAGUUUUUACACUGAUAGUCGAGCCGAACCUGAAAUCCUGGAUAUUGGAUUCCCCAUUCCAACUAUUUUGCUGCUUUUACGUUGGUCUGGCAUCGGCAGCCACAUUCUUUGCUCAAACAUGGUCCAUUGCAGUUAGAGGCCCUGUCUUCUGUGCUAUGUUCAAUCCUCUGAGUACAGUCAUUGUCACAGUCUUUGCUUUCAUUUUUAUGCAUGAGGAGUUGUACACUGGAAGCACGAUAGGAGCAGUUGCGGUGAUAAUUGGAUUAUACGUUGUUCUAUGGGGCAAAGCUAAAGAGUAUAAGGAGAAGAAAGAUGAGAUAUUGAUUAGCCAAAAGCAGGGGCAAGACGACGAAGCAACAUUGUCCUCUCGCAUAAUUGAUUUGGAAGAGCCUCUUUUGUCUGAAAGAUCAACUUGA